AUGUUGUUCAAAAGCUGCUAUCACCCGAAAGUUUGCUCACAAGAUGCCGGCAUUUACCGAGGAGGUAGAGCGCGUUUUCCAGACUUCCGCGGCUGCAAUAAAAGAUUGACACAAGUAAGUAACAUGGAGCUGUGAGGAGGUAGAAGGAACCUUCUUUCAGGCAUCUGACGGACAAAAAAAACUACCAGACGAGAAGAAGGAGGUGGACGAGCAAAAGAAGGAGGAUGGAGGAGAAGAGAAGAAGGGCUCCAAGGAAAAGACAGAGAAGAAGGACGAGUAA